CCGCCACCGCCCCCGCCGCGACCGCUGCCGCUUCCGCCACAGUCCUCGCUACGGAUAUCGCUGCUGACGAUGACGAGGGGAUGAACGACACGCGCACGGUCUCCGCUACGAAUCCCGCCCCGACCGCCACCGCUACGGGAACCGCUACGGACGCCGCUACGAGCACCGCCACGGACGCCGCUACGGACGCCGCUACCGCUACCCUGGCGGACGUGGAGAUCCCGGUGGUGCGGCAGGACUUAGAGGAAAGGGAGAAGGAGGAAGAGGAGAAGGAGAAGAAGAAAGAGGAAGAGGCGUCAGCGGAUGCCAAGCCCGGUCGGUGCCCCUCGAGGCUGAUGGACCCUGCCCUGUGCCCGGAUGACGUGGCUGACCAGUGCCACGGUGACAGCGAGUGCGGGGGAGCUGCCAAGUGCUGCUCCACGGGAUGUGCGCGAGUCUGCGUCCGUCCAAUGAAGUCGACCUGCGAGCUCCAACGCGAAAACACCCUCCGUCGCGGGCGUGCUUUGGGCGUGAACCUGAACAGCCUGCUGCUCCCCGACUGCAAGCAGGAGGGGGACUUCGCGCCCAUCCAGUGCGACGGCGAGCGCUGCUUCUGCGUGGACAGGCACACCGGGUACGAGCUGCCGGGCACGAGGGCCAGGAGCAUCGAACUCGUCAACUGCUCGUCCCCCAGGCCCUGCUCGGGAUACCAAUGCCGGAUGCUGUGCCCUUAUGAGUUCGAGAUGGAUGAGGAAGGGUGCCCCGUGUGCGAGUGCCGCGAUCCCUGCCGAGGAGUGACAUGCCCCGGUGGCACUGCCUGCACCCUGGAGGAGGCUCCCUGUGCCGCCGAGCCGUGCCCGCCGCUGCCCACGUGUAAGCAGCCCCGCAGCCUAGCGACGAUGUGUCCCCUCGGCGACCCCCUCAUGAUGGACGAGAAGGAGGGGCGGCCCUUCCUGUGCGGCUCUGCGCCUGGCACCCCCCAGUGCCCCGCCCUCUACAAGUGCCACGUCAGGCAAGGACACGACUACGGCGUCUGUUGCGCUGCCGUGGACGAGCUGCAGAAGCCCGGCCAGUGCCCCGUGGAGGGCAGCGGCACCGUCGUGGUAGGCGUGGGCGGCGAGGAGGAGGAGAUGCGCUGCGGAGCAUCCUGUCUGCACGACCUCCAGUGCCCAUCCACGCAGAAGUGCUGCAUUUCCGAGAUCUGCGGCCAGCAUUGCGUGCAGCCAGCGAAUCUUACAGCAUGCCUCCAACAACGUAUGAUCGCCGAGCUCCUGGUGGUGACGGAGCGCGAGGGGAAGGGCUACGUUCCUCAGUGCCACGAGGAGAACGGCCUCUACACCCCCCGCCAGUGCUCUCGGAACGGCCUCAUCUGCUGGUGCGUCGACCCCGAGGGCAACAAGAUGCCGCGCACCCUCGCCGCCGCCCACGAGGUCGACUGCGCCAAGGUCGAAGCUGGUGCCCAAGCCCGCCACUCCUGCGGCUCCGAAGUGCUCUGCUCCACCAUCUGCGAGUAUGGGUACCAGCUGGGCGCCGACGGAUGCCCCACCUGCGAGUGUGACGACCCCUGCCAGGAGCUCACGUGCCCCGAGAACUCCACCUGCGUCAUGAGGAAGGACCCCGGGUGUGAGGGCGACGCCUGCUCCGCCACGCCCAUGUGUCUGACCAACGACUCGGAUGACCUCCCUGCCCCCCACACUACGCCCACGCCGGCCACCUGCCCCACCGGCCUCACGCCCUUCACUGUGGGCGGCGUGGUGGUGGAGUGCGACGCCCAUGCCCCGUGCCCAGCUGAUCACCAGUGCACGCCCCCGCCCACCGCCGGCGCGCCAUACACCUGCUGCCCUGUGCCCACCAUUAUCGAGGCCAGCAAGCCCGGCCAGUGUCCGUUCGUGGCGUCCGCAAGCGCCGAGCUGUGCGAGGGUCCGCGCUGCGCCUCCGACAGCGACUGCGGCUCCGUCACCAAGUGCUGCGUCGUUCCCGCAUGCGGCCCCCGGUGCGUCACGCCGCAGCCGCCGCAGAACCUCACCCUUGAAAGCGGACUUCUGCAGGGGCCCACCAUGUGCGAAUACCUGCGCGACUUGGUUGAGCUCGAGGGCGUGACCUUGGCCGUCCCCACGCCCACCUGUGACGAGAACGGCGCCUACGAGCAGGUGCAGUGCAACGCCCUCGGCCAGUGCUGGUGCGUCGACGACUUCGGAACGCAGAUCCCUGGCACGAAGGCAUCAUCCCGCGAGCUCGUUGUGUGCGACCGCGUUCGAGAGGCUCUGACCUGCGGCGAGAUGCUGUGUCGUCUUGGCUGCGACUACGGCUUCGUUUUAGAUAAGGACACGGCUUGUCCACUCUGCCAGUGUCGCGAUCCGUGCCAGGACGUGGAGUGCAGCGGCAGCCACGUGUGCCAGAUGGUAGACAUCCCUUGCGUGGACGGCGUGUGCCCCGCCAUACCCCAGUGCGUGCCCGUGGUGGAGGCAUCGGCUGCCCCUGCGUGCCCCCUGGGAGAGCCCUACACCCUGCCGGAGACCAACGCCACCCUGGCCUGCAGCCCCCGUGCCCGUGCCCUCGAGUGCCCUCAGGGGUACUCCUGCUUCGCCGACGACAGCACCGUAGAAGGCGUCUGCUGCCCCAGCCCUGGCAAGAAGCAGAAAGCCGGCCAGUGCCCCUUCCUGGUGCCAGUCCUGAGCGGGCACUGCGACCUCGAGUGCUCGGACGACUCUCACUGCCGCGGCGACGAGAAGUGCUGCUCCAACGGCUGCGGGACCCAGUGCCAGCAGCCGAUUGUCAUGACAGCCUGCGAGCACCAGCGUAACCUGCUGGAGCACCGCGCAAGGGAAGCCGGAAUCCCUGCAGGCCGCGUGUACCUGCCGCAGUGUGACGACGAGGGCGCCUUCCUGCCCACCCAGUGCCACCCCGCGACCCUGACCUGCUGGUGCGUCGAUACCCAGGGCCAGGAAGUGCCAGGCACCCGCGUCAGCCAGCCCGCCCACCCGAACUGUCAGGAGCCGCUGGUGUGCCCCGCCAUGAACUGCGACCUCGCCUGCCUCCACGGGUACCGCCUCGACGGCUCCGGCUGCCCCGUCUGCGCCUGCCGAGACCCCUGCGAGGAGGUGAGCUGUGCCACGCCCCUCGAGGAGUGCCGCAUCGUCCACGUGGCUUGCGUCGACGAGCCGUGCCCGCCCCUGCCCGUGUGCCUGCCGCGGCUGGAGAACCCCUGUCCUUAUGGCUCGCCCUUGAGAACCAACGAGAGCGUGGUGGAGUGCGGGCCGGAGGGAAGCACCUGCCCCUCGAGCCACAAGUGUCACCUCUCCCCCUUGGGCGAGUACGCACUCUGCUGCCCCAAGCCACGCGAGAUCUGCUACGAGCCCAAGGACGCCGGGUACUGCGAGGGCGCCAUCAAGAGGUGGUACUUCAACCCCGAGAGCAACAGGUGCGAGUCCUUCCGCUUCGGGGGCUGCAGCGGCAACCUCAACAACUUCGAGAGCCAAGGGGAGUGCGCUGCCACCUGCCCGGUCCUCACGUCGUGCGAGCGGAUGAGGGAGAAGAACCUCAGGAGUGCGGAUAAGAAUAAGAAGCUGAAGUUCAUCCCGAAGUGCUCGAAGGACACGGGGGCGUGGCUUCCGGAGCAGUGCCUGGAGGAGCUGGGCGUGUGCUGGUGCGUGACCCCCCAGGGCGACCAGGUGCCAGGCUCCCUCACCCGCGGGGCCCCCCAGUGCCAGGGCGCCGCCAGGGCCUCGCGCAGGAUGAACUUUGACCCCGCCACGCCCACCAAUAUGAUCUGCGAGCCCGGCCAGACCGUGCAUGUUUGCGACAAGCAGCUGUGUGAGAACCAGGUGUGUUUCUCGCACCCGCACGCCGUCUGCCGCGUCAACCCCUGCGGCGGGUGUUCCGUGCAGUUCGUGGACGCCUUCAACUCCCCCGUGAACUGCGAGGUGGGCCUGACGGAGUGCCAGAGGGAGCUGCAGAGGGUCCUCAACUCGCCCAUCUUCACCAGGCCCGCGCUGGCCUUCGCCGGUCGCAGGUUCCCGGCCUCCGACGACUCGGCCGACAACCGCGUGCACUACGACGUGGACCUGUACCGCAACGUGGACGUGUUCCACUUCCCGAUCGACCAGGCCGUCCCCGUCGACCCCACCUCCAGCGCAGCGCCCUCCGAGGACACGCCCCUCCAGGCGGGCCGUCGCGGGGGCCGCCACAUGAGCUUCGAGGAGAGCGAACUCGACAGGAGCCUCACCGUGUCCGGAGACGUCGUGGCUGAGGCGCAGGAGCAUCUGAGGAAGGCCAGGGCGCUGCCGCAGGAGACCGUGCCCGAGUCGCCCCUUGAGGAAUCGAGUCUCGUCGAUCCCGAGGACCUGGAGAUGCAUCUGGCCGGCCCCGCCCUCGAGGGAAGCAACUCCUUCGGCCUCGAGGACGACUUCCCUCCCCCGCGCCUCACCCUCGACGACACCUUUGAGGCUGUCCCUACUGAAGAGACGCCCGCCUCCGCCCAGGGCAUGACGGUCCAGGCCCCCGUGUGCGAAGCCGACGGAGGAUACGCCCGCGAGCAGCGAUCGGGCGGCCUGACGUGGUGCGUGGAUGCCAAGGGGCGCCCCAUCCACGAGACGCUCACCCGGGGACACGUGCGCUGCGGACCCAAUGGCCAGAUCCUGGAGCAGGUAUCCGUCGGGUUCGUGUGUCCGCGCGGCGCGAGGGCGAGGGUGUGCCGGAGCGAGUGCCUGCGGGCGUCCUGCCACUCGCACCCCGACGCCGUCUGCGUGGCCGACCCCUGCAACGACUGCAGGGUCUCCUUCUACAGCGCCAGCGGCGAGAAGGUGCACUGCGAGGGGCGCUGCUCUCAGCCCCUGGCCAAGGGCAUGUGCCGCGCCUCCUUCAAGCGCUUCUUCUACAACGCCUCGGCCGACCAGUGCCAGGAGUUCAUCUUCGGCGGCUGCCUCGGCAACGACAACAACUUCGUCAGCAUGGAGGAGUGCCGCUCAGAGUGCCAGAACACCGACAUCUGCAGCCAGCCGGUGCAGGCGGGCGUGUGCACGGGCGGCGAGGCGCGCUGGUACUACAACGUGGAGACGCGCAAGUGCGAGCCCUUCCUGUACAGCGGCUGCGGAGGGAAACGGGAACAACUUCCGCUCCAAGAACGAGUGCGAGUCACGCUGCCCAGACCUGGUGCUGUGCCCCUACUGGUCGGCGGCGAGCAUGGAGCCCCAGGAAUGCUCCCGAGCCGAGGCUUGCCGUAAUAAGACGUGCCCCGGCCACCCUCUCGCCUUGUGCCAGGUCGACCCUUGCUCUUGCACCGCCUCCUUCGUGGACGAGUCAGGCCGCCCACUCACCUGCCUGCCGCCCACUUCGCCGCCCAAGACUCGUCUCGCUUUCACUUUC